CAGGUAGUGUUCUUGAGCGAAUUAUGUGCUAGGUUUAUAACAUUGCAGAGUUAAAAUGCAACCUAAGGGUUACAUACUCUGUUUUGGUGUGAUUGCUGUAUUUGGAUGUGCUGUUGAAAUCUGUUACUUGUUUCUGCUGUCCGAUUACGCGAUAAUCCCUUUUUGGGGGCAUAGGAAAACAGGGGUCGUACUUUUCUGGGCACCGCCGACAGGUCCGUUGCCUCCAGAAGGAAUGAAAUUAGGCGGCCAAUGUGUUAUUACAUAUGACCGUGAACAGCUGCGACGUGCAGACGUGGUUGUAUUUCAUCACAGCAGUAUAGCACCUAAAGAUUUACCGUGGAAGCAUUUUAGACGUUCGGAGCAGUUGUUUGUUUGGUGGACAUCCGACAGCCCCGGGAAAGUAAAACAUGACCUCGGGUUGUCCCUUGCCGAGCUACGUGGGUUCGACAAUGGGUUCUUUAACUGGACGAUGACAUAUUUGCACGACGCUGAUGUCGUUCGUAGUUAUGGCUAUCGUGGUGAUCUUCUCAAUGACGUAACCAAAGGAAAAUCGGCGGUAGACGACAUCAUAUCCCAAAAGAAACAAGUUGCGAUGUGGAUGACCAAUCAAUGCAAUGGUUCACAGCUUGCCAUGAUGCGCGAGUCGUAUGUUAAGGAGCUUCAAGAAUCGGGGUUGAAACUGAACGUUUACGGAGAUUGUUUGGGCAGUCAUAAUACCGCUCACCCCUCUGAGCAAGAGAUGAAAUCUCACAAGUUUUACUUGGCCUUUGAAGAUGCAUUUCACUGUCGCGAAUAUAUCACAGAAAAGUUUUGGGACAAUGCUUUAAGAAACGAUAUGGUUCCAGUGGUUUGGGGUCCGAUUAAAGAUGACGUGUUGUCGGUUGCUCCGCUCGAUUCCUUCAUUCACACCGACGACUUCGAUAGCCCAGCAAAGCUCGCUGAGUAUUUGCAAUUCCUCGAUAAAAACGACGAUAAGUACAGAAAAUACUUUCGCUGGAGAGAGGACGAGACAAUGACAGAUGAAAAGAUGAUCUUCGAACUAAAAGAAAAGUACCCAGACAUAGAAGCACAACAACGUUCAGCAAACUUAUGUCAAAAAGAAAUGAAAAACACCGGAUAUAAAGUAAUCCUGUCCAUCGUAGACGAAUUCUUUGUUCGCAACAAGCUAGAAUGCUCAGAAUAUACUUAACGUAGCGAGUAUAAACACCAACAGACGUCAAGCAGUUUCAACGCAUCUAAUAUUAGUGAAACACUACAAGCACGCAGUGUGUAUGUUUUUAUUAUGCAAUUUCGUACAAUUUUAGCAAUGAUAUAGUUGUUAGCGAAAUAAUCCUUUAAUUUAGCACUGUAAAGAUCGAGUUUGAACGAGUUAUAGUUUUUAUGGUUGCUAUUCUUGAUGCAUUUUUAAAUUUUUAUCUUAUUAUUUUCCGCCUGUCGCUUUAAGUUGAAACUGGGCAAACAGAGGGGCAACUGUAUAAAACAUAUUCGCUAUGUAUCACGCUAUUCAUUUAAAUGGUACACGGUUUCGUCUAUAUAUACUGUACACAGAACUAUAAUGUCUCAUCUUACCCCACCGUACAAAACAGGGCGUUUUAUAAAGAGUAAGCUGUGACAACGCUUAUACCAAGGUUACUACAUGUACUCUAAACACGUAUGUAUAUAUAUCGCAAUCUUUAUUUCUCUGUAUGCUUACGUUUGCAUAUAUUUUACACGUACACGGCAAUAUCUUUUGGUUACAAUAACCGUUAAAACUGCAUGCAAUAAGCGGAAUAACAACUUCCGUAAAUCACGCCCACAAAACACACGUCUCCGCUGCCGAAUGACAACUUUCGUUCAUUAUAA